UCGGACCUGUCUUCGUUUUUUUUUUUUUUUUUUUUGCAAAACCAAAGCUCUUUGACUUUCUACAGUUUCGACAGCUUCCCCACCGUCGCCCCCCCGCGGAGUUACCUUUCUUUUUGCGGUUCCGCACAGAAGGUUUUAGGAUGAUCGGCUGACGUCGGAGGCGCUGUCUGAACCCACGUGUGUCAACUUAAACGCCCAGUCUGCAAAACUUCUCCGUGAGUUGCUGAGGUGGAUGCCUGAAAUCAUGAACUCCCCAGGACCUCUGUCGAGGCAAGCCAAUGGAGUGGCCAGAUCGGACAGCAAGCUCAGCGCCAAGGCCCUCUAUGAGCAGCGGAAAAAAUACUCCAACUCCAAUUUCAUCAUGCAAGAGACGUCGCAGUACCACGUAGAGCAUCUGUCGACGUUUGUUGUGGACAAGACAGAAUCUAUCGUCACGGUGGACGAUGCUAUCAAGAAGCUGAUUGUUCUGGACUCGAGGGAUAAAAUCUGGACACAGGAGAUGCUGCUGCAGGUCACAGACAAGGCGCUCAGACUUCUUGAUUGUGACACUCAGGAAGAACUGGAGAACUUCCCCCUCACCACAGUCCACCUCUGCCAGACGGUGCUGAAUCAGACACGCUACCCGUCUGUGCUGCUGCUCAUGUGUCAAGACAGGGACCAACACAAACCCGACAUCCAUUUCUUCCAUUGUGACCAAGUGGAGGCUGAGUUGGUUCACGCAGACAUAGACAGUGCUCUUGGCGACAACAAACAUGGAAAAAAAAUGAGGCUGGAAACCCUCAAGGUGAACCAGGAAAAAAUGAAGCGUCAGAGAGAAACCAUCCUCCCUCCCUCGGCCCCCAGGGGCCCGCCACCUGUUGCAAAUAGACGAGCGGCAGCCGCUGCACACACUCACGGUCCGCAAGAUGCAGAGUCGCAUGAAAAGCUGGCCCAGCGCAUUGAGAAGGAUGUGCAAAUCCUCAACUGUGCCCUGGACGACAUCGAGAUCUUUGUGGCGCGGCUGCAGAAGGCAGCCGAGGCUUUUUAUCAGCUCAAUCAACGCAACAAGAGUAAGAAGAACAAGAAGAAAGGACCAGCAGAGGGCAUGCUGACCCUGCGGGCCAGGCCCCCCUCUGAAGCAGAGUUCAUUGACAGCCUGCAGAAACUGAAGCUGGCCCUCAACCUCUUGGCCAAACUGAAGAAACAUCUACAGAACCCAAGUGCUCCGGAGCUGGUUCAUUUCCUGUUUGGACCUUUGGAGCUGGUCCUGCAGACGUGUGGAAGUCCUGACCUGGUGCGCUCCGUCAUCUCCCCUCAUCUUUCGAUGGAUGCCGUCGACUUCCUGCGCGGACACCUCACCCCCAAAGAGAUGACCACUUUUGAGCUGCUUGGUGACGGAUGGACCAGACCCAGAGCAGAUUGGCCCAGAGAUCAGUGCGCGCCUCCUUAUUACCCCAAGUUUCGAAAUGGAUGGGAGCCACCUGCAGACUUUUUCUUGACGUCUCCGUGGGAAACCGAGGGACCACCCAGUCCACUUGCAUCUCCCACAAGCCCUGACUACAGAAGACACUCACCUGACAAUUAUUACGUCAAUCAUUCCCCACCAAAUGGGAUGCAUAGCAACCGUAAAUAUGCCAAAAUCCGUUACAAUUUUGUGGCGCGGAAUCCCAACGAGCUGUCAGUGCUGCAGGAUGAAGUCCUUGAGGUGUUGGAAGACAACAAACAGUGGUGGAAACUACGGAAUCGCAGCGGCCAAUCCGGCUACGUCCCAUACAACAUCCUGGAUGUUGUAAGGCUAGAAGAACCAGAAGAGCCCUACCCGAGCGACUACAGGGGUUCGCCCACUGAACUUCUGCACAAGAGGGACAGUUUCAAAGGGGGAAUACAGAAAGACAAAAAGAUGGACGAGGUUAAUAACGAGCUACUGAUGAAAAUCACAGCAAACAAAAACCCGCCACCCAGAAAGAUCCGGAUAGAGCGCCCGGCGGCCCCACGGGUGCCAUUAACUUCCGAGUCAUCUCCAGGGCAGGUGACAAUGUGGCUCAAUGCAAAAGCUUUCUCUAAACAGACUGUUGAAUGUUUGGGAAUCCUGACAGGAGCGCAGCUGUUUUCCCUGAACAAAGAGGAGCUGAAGGCCGUGUGCGGGGACGAAGGCGGCCGUGUCUUCAAUCAGGUGUCUCUGCAGAAAGGACAAUUAGAGAGGUCCCAAGGAGACUCUGAGCUGCAGGAAAUCAUGACGCGAAGGAAGGAGAAGGUCGACUCCACAAGCAGCUUCGACUGAACACGUGGAGCGCCACCCGCCACCCCAAGUGCAGCAGCUUGCAAAAUUUAUUUUCUCGUGAUCCUCAGAUAAAAAAAGAAACAAACAAGAUUGAAUACGCUCAUUAUUAAUUGCAUAUUUAUUUUGUAAAAUGUUAGAUGUUUGUUUUUCAAGUGUUUCCAAAUUAUGUUGCAUUUUUCUCAAUUGAUGAAAUUAUCGAAGAAAUUACCUGCUAAGAAGAGGAACUUGUGCACAGUUUUGCUGUAUGUGCAGGACAUGCAUGCAACACACGCGUGCAUGAGAGGGCAGGGUCAGUGUAUGUUCUUAAUAAUACUGUUUUAUACUGUUUACAGAAUUUGUCUGUAAAAACCUAAAAUCUUUGCAGUUGCUUUUUAAAAUCAGUGCCAGGAUGUUUGACAUAUUUUCUAUUGCAUAGCCAAUUAUUUUCAUGUGAAUGCUAACAGGAAAGAUAAAGCAAGCGUACGUUUUGUUGUGUAUGGCAGAAGUUUGUGUCUGGUCGGUAAACAUAAAUCAGUGACAAGUAUUAGAAUAAAUGCUCUUAUUCUUCUUUUCUUGAUGUUAUUUGACAUUUUGGCAACUUAAAAAAGCAAAAUGCCUUUCUCAGUAAUAGUGGGAUCUUUUAUAUGGCGCCCUCCAAAUUUAUUGGCAGACCUAAAAUGGAUAUAAACCUUUAAAAUGAAUUAAUCUUUUAUCGCUGAAGCAUAUUUUGACGUUGGAAACUUUUUCUGCAGCUGUUUAAGAAUAAAAUCUUUUUCAUAUUCCAUGGACAAAGUCGUACAUUAGUGCAUGGUAUUAUGUGAUACACAUAGUAUUUCAUAGUCUUUUCAUUUUGUUUCUAUUUGAUUACUUGUGGACAAUAGAAACUGAGUUAAUUAUGACUUUGAUCUGGGGUAGUGUAAACAAGCAGUGACUCAUUAAAUGAAACAUGAAUCUUCUCAUAAAAGGAAAAAAAUAGAGAGCAAAAUGAAACGCCGAGGAAGCCAAGCUGAGAAAAUCACUGAUGAAAGAAUGUAGUGAAUGUCCGCUGUACAAUUUGUUAUUGUCAAGAAGUUCACUUCUUAUUGGAUUAUUAUAAUCAACUCUAAAGCGUUCUCUCUACAAUCUUUCUGUCACGGUUAAACCGUUUGAUUUCUCAGUGAAAUCGUAGUGACCCAGUUAAGUAAAAUACUGAUGACAAAAUCAACCUCAACACUCUGAACGACUUAAAAAAGUAAGAUAUAAGUUUGAAAACGAAGCCUCCAUUGCUCUUCCUCUAGGGCCUUGUAAAGUUGAUGCAGGUGACAUUUUAAAAAGCUAUUUAGUGCUAUCUAUUGUGGAAUUUAUUUUCCUCCUCGAUGAGUUUUUAAAAAAAAUUAGUUUUGAAUAAUGCUACAGUAAAAAUAGAUUAAUCAAUUUUAAGGGUUUUUGCACAUAUUUUUAUUAUUCAUGUACGUUAGUGUCUAUUGUAACCUGGUGUUUGAGAUGUAAACUGCACAAAAUGUUAAGAAUAAACUAAAUUUGUGUUCUGGUAUGAAAAAUCACAUGAAGAUUCACAGAAAAUGUUCUUGGUGUAAAUAUUUGUGAUGAUAUAAUUAAAGAAUUUACCAUUAAUAUUUUGCAACAGA